AUGUGUCAGUCUUCGAACCAUGGAAACACCCAUACGGAAAACGCGCUGCGCAACAAGGUCACCGAGGCCGAGGCCAAGCUCGAGCGGGCGACCUUGGCCGCCCAGCGUUUGCGGGUUACCAGCCAGGAGGAUGCUUUUGACACCGACCGGCUGAUGCGGUUCCUCAACCAAGGUGGGGCUGCCACUCGCGGUCGAUGGCCCAGGCUAGUGCGUCUGCUGCGGCACUUCCAACGGGGGUCCACACCUCCUGCGCACUGGGUCACCAACAUCACCGUCGAUGCUGCCAACCGUCCGUUCAAGAUGAUCCCGCCCUAUCCGGGUCCUGUCGACCCGGACAUGGAGGACGAUUAUGACAACUACCAGGCAGGCGAUGGCCACGGCGGCCAGGAUGGUGACCAUGAAGAGAAGUCGGAGGACAACCCGCCCACUCCUCUCCGCUCGGACUUCCCGCCUGCGGAUGCGUCUCCGUCCAAACCCAAGCGGCGUACAUCCAGGGGGUCCCAUCUUUCCAGCAAGGGUGGGCCGGUGUACGCCCAAAUGCGACCCACGGUCCACCCGGGAUCUGAUGUGCUCCCUCUGUCGCCCCAGACGGACUUCAAGCGCCUGAUUUCCGACUGUGCUGCAUCCCUGCCGGAGUUUGUCCCUUGGCCGGAUGUCCGGCUGGAUGUCCAAUUCGUCAUGCGGAUGGACCAUGGGUACGAAGAGGCCUUGGACAUCCUCCGUCAGGAUUGUCCGGCCCACCAGUAUUUCCCAAAGCCUUGGUUGCUGGAGAUGCUGGUCAAGAUGAUGUACCAUGGCACCCUGGACGACACCCUCUGGACGCGUCAUGUCCCCGAGACCUUCUACAAGAUGGCUGAGGUCAUGCUCCAGGGUCGUCUCCGGUCGGGUAUGUAUCCGGAGGAGUUUCCGCCACUGCGCAACUUGGUCAAGGAGGCUGCUGCCGAGAUAGAGAUCGUCGAAGUUGACGGCUCCCGUGAAAGUGACGACUCACGUGACUCCGACUACGAGGACAAGGCCAAGCCAUCUCCAUCUGGGAAGAGCGUGGAUGGGCCAUCCAAGGCGAAGUCCAUUGACGAGAGCAGCUUGUCGGACAGCGACACCGAUGAGGAGCAGCCGUCCAAGCCCAAGCGCAACCCCAAGCGGAACCGCGUUCAGUCAUCUUCGGACAACUCCUCUGAGGACGAGCUCCAGUCGUCUUCCUCAUCCCAGCGUCGGUCUCCUCGGUUGUCGUCCCAGAAGGAACCCCGGUCUCCCCGGUCGAAGUUCGCGCUGCAGGAUAAACCUGAUCGACCUUCGUCCAAGAAGAACCCCAAAAAACGCAGCCGGACGUCGCAACCCAAACGGGAGGGUGGCAAGUCGCCCCUGGCACAGAAGUCUUAUCGUCGUGGCACUCGUUUCUCUCCGAAGAAAGGUGGCAUCGAGGGCCAGACGCCUGGGUUUCCUAACUACGCACCUCAGCAGCCUGAGACCAAGUAUCUGGCCAGGCGUUGGCCUGCAGUCGAAGAUGAGUAUGCGGCCCUGGUCGAGAAGGAACCCUGGCUGGAGAUGUUUAACAACCGGGUCAAGGUCCUGUACUUCCACCGCCGGGAACAACUACCCCCAGCUGUAAUCCGCAUCCUGGACCAACAUGUGGGGUACAUGAAGGAUCGCCUUCCAGCCUUCUGGCACAUCCUGCACUGGUUCAUGAUGAAGACCAAGCCUGAAGACGACGAGAAGUGCGACGACCUCACGAUCUACGAACGGGCUCAAGAUCUCUACCGCAAGCGUCAGGCGCUCCACGACGGGGUUGCGCGCACCUUCGAGGCCCGCAUCAAGCGUCUGAUCAAGGCCGGCAUGCCGAAAACGAUGGUCUGGGAGCCUGGAUUCUGGUUGUACCCGUGCAAGAUCUGCUGCCUGUACUUGGUCGACGAAUCAACCAAGAAGGUCGAUGGCACGCGUUACACCCUGGCUGACCAGAUCGCGAUGGCCGAACUCGAAGACCCCGGCCGGACUCAGUGGACUACCUGUACGGAUGACGAGCGUCUGGCGCAUGUCCCAGCCAAGAUCGUCGACAAGAUGCUGCUUCCAGAGCACGAGCGCGUCAACAACUGGGUCUCGACCAAGUUCCAGUGA